AUGAGAGGACAUUCAUCGCAGUCGGCGCUGAAUGCGCAGCUCAACUUUCUGCUUCAGUUGACCAAAGAUCGCCAUAUCACCCUUCAAAAGCUAAAAGAUGUCGAUGGAGACGCCCCGACCUAUCUCAGAUCGGUUGAAGGACGACGCCUUGAAGGUUAUGCUGAUUCGCUGGAGAAAUCCAUCGUCAGCGUUUCCGACUCGUACGCUCGUGUCUGGAACCUUGGAUUUGCCUCAAACAUCGUUCAGCGUCUGCCUCAAGAGCUCAAGGACAUGAUCUAUCGCGAGCUCAUGCACCAUGGGCCUCCAGACUUCGAUCGUGAGGAGCGUCGCCGUCAAGACAAACCAUCCUCACGAUGGGUCUACAGUGGCUCAAGUCCCGAACACAAUGAGCUUCGGGGGUGCACAGACUAUCCGCACUACUUCCAGUCAGAUUACGUGGGCACGGACUUCGUCACAGAGCUCUCCAAGCAGUUCCACAAAGAGAAGCACUUCAUUCUCCAGCACCCAGGAGAGUUGGAGGGUUUCUUGUCUGACGAUCGAUUCUGGACUGCUGUGUGUGCUCAGCGUACCUUACUCCUACGUGUUGACUGUACGACUCCCAACCAUGGCGCCAAGUUUGCAGAAGUUCUGGUGCCGUUGGUAUACGACCUGAAAGAUCAAGGCUGGAACAUUAAGGUCGAAGGUGAAUAUAAUCAACCUUUGAUCCUCAGGGGACAGGCUUGCACGACUGAUCGAGAUGCUCAACUCACAGCAUACGACUUCGACUACAGCUUAUCUCGUGCAGAAUGGGCUCAGAAAAUUCGAAACAGCAGUGCUUUCAUAAUCCAGUUCGUGCUACGAAACGUUCACGUCGGGAUUGAGGACGAAGACGCCCUGAUGCUCACGAAGUCAAUACUGCCAUUGCCGUAG